GCCCUCGUCGCGCGUGACUCGCGUCGCACGGCAGCACAGCUGCAGCGGGCGUGCCCGCCACGCCGAUGCCGGGGCUGGCUGCUGCAGCACCAGCGCCGCAGAUGAUGAAGCUCGCAGAUGCGCCUGCAGCUUGAUUGCGGCCUUCUGGGCCGCCGUACCGCACCGGCGGGCAGCAGCGGCGAGGCCGAGAGAGGCACGCCGUCACGUCGGCGAGACUUCCAGCCGCCUGGGCCGCCCGCCGUGCGGCAAUCCCCCUCGGUCCCCGACGAGCACGCUGCGGGCCAGCAAAUGGUCGCUCACUGCCGCUGCAAGCCUGGACUCGACUCGCGUGGGCGCUGCAGCGAUGCAGUACUCAGCAUCGAGAGCGACGAUGAGCGUCGGUGCUGCUGCGAGGCGCCGCUCUGAGCCGCUGUUGG